UGAUAAGCAUGUCGAUAUUGAGUAAGCGGUGGUUGAAGAUGCUGGGAUUAUUUUUACCCACUUAUAGCCUCCAUGCAAACUUGACAACAUCUGUGCACAAAUCUUGGCAAAAUUUGUAAAAUUUUUGUAGAUUAGUUGCUUGUGUCCAUUUGUAUAGUGUACAUUGAUACAUAUCUAUUUAACAAAUGCAUGUACAAGUCUUUCUGAUUUAAUAACAAAUAAAAGUGUUACGAUUUUAGGAGAAGUUUACAAAAUGCAUACUACGAUGUCAAAAGUAUUAGUAAAAGCAGUGUUGCUUCUCACUAUCGGAAUUCAAUCAAAUUUUGGAAUCUCAAUUGCUCAAAACAUUGAAAUUCAUGUCACAAAUGACAAUACGUCUAUUCCAAUAUUAUACAAUGUGGAUCGUUGCAUUCCCACAAUACCCAAAUCGGAGGCUGGGGACAUCCAUAAAAUUGAAACAAAUGGGAACUGUAUCAAUAUUUAUUCCCAAGAAAACUGCGUCGGACAAUUUAUCCGACUUCAAACUGGUCGUUUGUUCAAAUAUGUCCGCAACAUGGCGGCCCAUCGUUGGGACGACAACAUUUUGAUCCGCCAUGAAAAUAUGAUCGUUGGUUCAAUCGGACCGUGUUUUGAAAAGUGUGACCCUCAGAAUUGGGCCGGAAUGAGGAGGGACCUCUCAACCAGCGUUACGCUUUAUGACGAGGAGGACUAUACUGGAACCAAAUAUUCAUACUCAAUAUCUGAGAAGCAGUGCUUCGCGACUCCAUCAUUGACAACGUGGGAGUCCAUUAAAAUUUCAGGAACUGCGGCAACCACAUGUGUCGAAUUACAUGACGACUCCACAUGUGGGGGGAACUCGGUCCAAUUACGGCCAGGAUAUCCACACCUUCAUGACAUUUGGUGGUGGGGGUUCUAUCGUGGGCAAGAUCUUGCUAUUUACGCCAAAUCGGUCUCGCUUUGUGGAAAUACUUGUCCAGCCGUCAUGGACAGCUUCUCAACGACGACGAAAAUGACCACCACAUCCACGACGACGAUGACAACUACCACGCCUACGACGACGACAAUAACGACCACACCCACGACGACGAUAACGACCAAGCCCACGACUACCACAACCACUAAGCCUACAACAACUAUGGCUAUGACAACGAAGACGAAUAAAUUGGAAGAACCGGUGAUUAACAUGACCAAUCAAUCCAGAUUGCACGUUCAUGAAAAAUUAAGUGACAAGCAAGCAGACGAAAAAACAUCAUCGGUCUGGGUCUGGCUGUUAGUUGUAUUAGCGAUCUUGUUCGUCCUUGGUCUCGCCGGCUUUGGUGGGGUUUAUUUUUUUCAAAGAUAUCGAAAUGUACGACCUCUGUCUUACCAAGGACGUUACAACGUUAUGUACAAGUUACAAUCUGAAAACCUUUAAAUGGUCACAUUCUAAUGUACAUAUGCACAAUAGAUUUUGAAUAAUUAAACUGUCUUGUUUAUAACCACAAUUAGGUACACAAACUUUGCACUUUGUGCACGUAAUUUGAUUAAACAUCAAGAAUCAGUUAAUCUGCAGCCAUAACUUUUGGAUUUGAAAUUUGCAAAAUCCUAUUUGACUAAUUUCUGGAAUUGCAUGACUAGAGUUUCUGCGUUUGAUGAAUAUGUACUCAAGUACUAGAUUAAAUCUUAAAUAAGUACUAGACGUAAGGCGGCGCAAAACAUCUCUCUAAGUGAUAAUUUACAAUUUAACUGCAUAUUAUUAUAAUUUAUAUUUAUGCUAACUCUGCUAUUGUUAGUUACCCGCAAUGAAUAUUUUAUGUCAA